AUAUCGUCCUAUAGUCCUAAAAUCCCAAAUCCCAUAACCGGAAUAUUAUUGCAUGGCUCAAAGUGCGUGUGAGAUCAGAGUUCGAAAUUGAAUGGAAAUUGCAUUCGUUGAAAACUGUCGUCGCAGUGGCGGGGGCGACCUGCAAUCGCGGCGGCCUCUGUUGUGUGUUGUGUGUCUAUUUCCGUCGAAGCUGCCGAAUCUUAGAAUCUCUUACAAUUUCAAUUAUUUUUACACAUAAAAAGUUCGCUCUGUCUAUACUAGAUCUCAGCGUACAUGUUGCCCCUUACGCGAACGUACAAUACAUUUCUUUUUCUAUUCUAUUCUAUUUGUCUACAACAAUAUCAUCUGAAUCAGAAUCAGAAUCAUGCUCCCAACAAAUACCAGAAAUCAGUACAAUUAAUGAAAUAGACCAAGUCGGAAGAGCACGAUCCGUAGCCCCCCAAAAAAAUCGAAAUUGUGGCGGUCAGACGAGUUUUCCCACCCCCACCACCACCACCAUCAACCUCUAGGAGCCCCCUCACAAAACAGUGCUAAGUACUAACGGAUUGCGGAUUGUCGUCAUCUUUCCGCCGAGACCCACGCGAACACGACCGCAAAGAGGAGAUCCGAGAUUCCACAUCCGAAAACCGAAAUGGCCACAUUUCUGAAUCGUUUUCAUCGCGAGAAAAGCGAAAAGAUAUUGCCAGCGAUUGGUGAAAAUGGGAAAAUUGCUAAAUCAGCUGACGCUGGGACAGACGCAGUGCAGCCGCAGUCGCAGCCGCAGCCGGCGGCACAGCCGCGUCCGCAGCGACGCUAUAUGCGGAGCGCCACGGCUGCCAGCGUGACGCAGCUGCUCUCGGAGAGCUGCAACAGUCUGUUGCAGCGAUUUCGGCGCAAUCCAAGCGAACGACCUGAUAAUAAACAUCAGCAACAGCAGCAACAGCAGCAACAUCAACAGCAGCAACAUCAGCAGCAGCAGCAACGCAAUCGUGAGGAUCCGAAAGAUACGACGAGACGCAGCACCUCCAGGACCCCAACGAAUGACAGUAACAAUAAUCAGAACAACAACCACAACAACAGCAAGUCGGCCAAAAGUGGUUCAAGCAAUCAGUCCCAAAAGCAGAGCAGACGUCGCCGCAGCUCGGACAAGUCCUCAGCCAGCCGGAGGCAUAAUCCGGAAGGGGAACACCGGGAUAAUAGGGAUAGGGAACGAGAUCGAGAUAGGGAUAAUCGUGAACGCGAUCGGGACCGGGAACGAGAGAUGGCCGAUCGCCAUAGACGCUACUAUGCAGGCGGAGGACUCGGAAGCACCGCUGGACUGGGCUAUCAUCCCAGCAGCAGUGGCAGCGGAAGCGGCAGCACUGCAGCUCUGAUGGGCCGCUACCAGAAGAGCUCCACCACAGCCACGGCCCUGGACAGAUUGCGCACCCACCUGAGUCCCGUGGGCGGUUACUACAAGCCCCUCAUCCGAGGAUUGGGCGGCGGUAGGCGGGAUCGUGACCUGGACGACGUUAGUAUAAGUAGAGUAGAGGCCACGGAAAGCGAACCGAAAGCGAGCGGUGUGCAAACCAACGGAUCACAAGAGCAGACACCCAGACCCAGACCCAGACCCAGAUCGAGUCCCGUGACUCACUGCCUGGGCAUUUCUACUCGUAUAUUUUGGAAAUCCGAAUCAUCUCACCUGUCCCAUGACUCAGCGAAAGAUUGAGACUGCCCUAAAUGUGUGACAUCUGUGACAGUUGGGAAAUAUGCGCAAUUAAAGGGGGCUAUCGAGGGUAGAUACCCCGCAUACUUAUAUGUGUCCAAAAACAGUAUUGCACUAUAGCUAACCACUAUAGAAAGAUUCCCCCGCACACACACAGAGUGAGAUAUAUGUGCAGAUAUUAUAUUAGGGGGCCCACACGGGCGUGUUUUAUAGCGCUUCUAUAUGCUCAUUUCUAUAUCUUCGGCUUCAUUCUUGCCGUGUGCGUUUACGUUUUCGAAUUUAUUUUCGAUACCAACAUCUCGGCGCUUUUCUCUAUUUUGCUAUAUUUUUGUAUCUCUCUACGUACGCCGCAGAUGUGUAUCAAGCUAUUCACGAUUUUUCCGACGCUUUAUAUAUAAACUUUGAAGGUCGUCGCGCCGUGGACUUUUUUGUUUAGAUUUCGCUGGGCAUAUUCUAGGCAGACCGAAAAUACCCCAAAAAAAUACGCGUAGAGAAAGCCGGAAUAGAGUGGCUUUAAUGGCAGUGAAAUUGUGCGAAAUGAAAAGGCCCAAGCACCCCAUAAUUAGCCAUUGCCGAAAAGGCCAUUUAAAUGGGUCUAAGUCAGUCGUCGGGGCUUGGGUCUUGGUCUCGCUCUCUGUCUGGGCCGUCUUCUUCCGUGGAGCGUAAAGAGUUUUACGCCCAUCGUCGCCAGCCAGCCCGUUACCGUUGGUUUCACACGAACGCUGCUUUUAAGCACUUUCUCUCUCCGUUAACCCCCUGAAUCUGAAACCGAAUUAAAGUCUAAAACUCCCGUCUCAGCGUCGAGAUUUGCUCUUGGACAAAGACAGAACGCCCACCAGCUCGGCAACUGCCUCGGGAGUUGGCA